AUGGAGCAUGCCUUCCAACAAGGGCGGCGCAUUUUUCAGCAGCAGACUGGUGAUCUCCCGCAGCCCAAGGACACCGACCAGCUACUGCAGACCUACCUGCUGGCAGCAAAGCAGAUCCCAUCGGUAGAUCCACCAAGGUUCAUUCCAUCACCCAGGAUUCUGAGGCCACCAUCGCCAUUCCCGCUGCAUACAGCAGCAGCAGCAGCAGCAGCACCACCACGCUCCAUUUCGCCUUCGCCAGUGCGGCGCUCCGUGUCGCCUUUGCCUGCGGGUGGAAGGUAUCAUGUUGUUAAUCAGACACAAACGGCCCUUUCGGAAGCACCUUCAACGAUACCAUUGCAGCCCUUGAGAACGUAUUUGGCUCAGCCUCCCCAGUCUCCACAGCCGGAAACCAGGCCGAUGAUGCCAAGUGUGGUGCCAUUGGCCCAAACGACUCAGGCGACAAACCGAAUGCAGGCACCCCCAAACAUGAGCAUCCCGAUGCCCCACAUCUCAACACCAAGCCGUGCAAGCCAGCGUGACUUUGCAACACCGGGCAGUGUGACUUGGCACCAGGGGCAUGCCGACUCACAACCCAGAGACCUGAGACCAAGGCGAAUGGCCCUGUCACCAUCACCGGUACGAUCUGCUUCACCGACUCCUUACGGGGACAACCCAGUCAUGCCCUUUCGCCCAUGUGUACCACUCCAAGUACCAGGAGCGGUCCCUGUUUACGCACCAGCACCACUUCCCCAAGAGCGGGUCCGGCCGGGGAAUGAGAAUUGGAAGGACUCCUCCAUCUCGCAGUUCUCCACACCCAUCAGGGAGUCCUUGACACAAAGUGUGCAUCCCAAUAUGGCCAAGGAGCACAUGGGAGAGAUGUUGAACACCCUUUGGAGACGAACAUCGACCUUCGCGGAGGAAUGCAGCCGCUGGAACCAUGAACUGGAGCAAAGACACCGCGAGGCCCAGGAGCUCGCCAGCACCAUCCAGCGGCUUUCGGAGCAAUUGGCUGCUCCAACCUCACAACUAAGCCAGGGGCGUGAUGGCCUCCAACCUGAUGGCGAUGGCCUCCAACCUAGGAGCUCGCAACUAAACCAGGGGCCGCCAGCGCCCGAGAUCUCACCGCAGACCUCGCCGCGGCCACCGUCGCGUCCUUCGCCCCUGGCGUCGGAGCCCGGCUUGCGACCGGUGGCGGCGAUUCAGGAGGCGACCGGCCUCAUCAUGCCAGAGCGAGCGGUGGAGCAGACGUCAGAGAUCGAUGCGGAGGUGGCACCCGAAGAAUCUGAAGAGACCACAGAGUGGCAAGCAAGUCCCGUCGAAGCGCUCGAUGCUGAAAGUGUGGACUUGAAUGCAACAGAGGCGCCUCCCGCACCCGAUAGUGGCUGGGGAAGUGGCAGCAUUGCAACAGAGUCCACGGCCAAGGUGCUGCUCGAUGAGCCCGAGGAGGGUGAGCUUUUUGAGAAAGUUCGCACCGCCUUGUCGCGUGUGGUUGGGGCAGAUGCCGCCGCAGAUGGGCUGCAAGACCCAGCCUCCAUCGUUCCACCUGCUGGAUGGGAAGAAUCACGUCCCCCACCAGACCCCAUGUCUCCUCCUACAAUUUCAGUUGGAUCCACUGUGACUCAGGGGGAGCAUGCCCUGUCCUCCGAGUCUGCCUGGGUCGGAGGCCAUGAGGAUGAAGAGGCCAUCGCCUUCCCGGAGAACCUGGAAGACUUAGUGAAGCUGCUGCCGAACCGGCUGGGUCCAGAGGAUCCAGAGCAAGCGCAGCAGGCGCAGCAGGCGCAUCAGGCGGAGCAGCAGCGACCGUCUCCGGUCACCGAGGUCGACUCAGCAGGACUGACCUGGGAGAGUCUGGAGCUGAUCGACCGAGCCACUGCCCAGAGUACACAGAAACCAUUGAAGAGAUCAAUUCCAACCAAGUCGGAACCCCGGCUGCCCAUCCAGGCGAAGCAGGCUCCAAAGCUGAGCCACUCCAAGGUCGAGGACGCCUGCCAAAAGCCCAAGUCCUCAGUCCUUCUUGCGAAGCCUCUCAAGGCCACGCAGCAAGGCGGCUUUGCCUGCAUCCUCUCGCUGAUGUGGCUUCGACUGCAGGGGCCCCCAGCGCACAGGUACAAGAUCAUUGCUGGGCAAGCUGCAUCAGAGCUCAUCACCAAGCCCAACAUUGAUGGCUUCCUGGUGGGUGGCGCCUCUCUGAAGCCCACUUUCAUGGAGAUCGUCUCCAAGGUGGGGCCUUCAAAGAUGGUUGACAUGUGGCCCAAAUUCGAGGAGAAGAUGAAGAAGGAGGGCUUGAACGACACUGCCAUCGCCGCCUUCAAGUACACUUAUGGUAGCUCGGAAUGUUCUAUGCGCCUCGUUUUUUGCCACUGUGCGUCCUUGUUUCUGGCGCUGAUGCAUGGGCCCCAGGGGCAGUGUGUUGACGUGCAAGAAGCGUGGGAGAGGUGCGAUGUGAUGAUUCCGGAGAGCAAGCUGGAUCCGGUGGAGAAGUUGCCAGAGCCUCCUGGACAAGAUGGAAAGGAGUGCUGUUGGCCAGGGCACAGGUAUGAGAAGCUGAGAGAGAAGCCAGACCCCAGGCUCUUGAAGAAGACUCUCAUCCUUAAGCUGAAUGGCGGAUUGGGUACAGGUAUGGGCCUUGAGAAGGCCAAGUCCCUGCUGCCCGUCACACAAGGCUUCACCUUUUUGGAUCUGAUUGCAAAGCAAGUCGCUUCCAUGCGAAAAGAGUUCAAGACCGAUCUCAAGUUCAUGCUGAUGAACUCUUUCUCAACCUCCCAGGACACCUUGGAAGCGCUUUCAAAGUACCCUGAUUUGGGAACAGGAUCUGAUUUGGAGUUCGUGCAGAACAAGGCGCCCAAGGUCACGGCCAGCGACAUGAGCCCUGCCGAGUGGUCAGCAGAUUCCAGCCACGAGUGGUGCCCGCCAGGGCACGGAGAUCUCUACCCAGCCAUGCUCGGGAGCGGGACCUUAGAGAAGUUGCUGAAGAAAGGUUACAGAUACAUGUUCGUCUCCAACUCGGACAACUUGGGUGCUACCAUGGACCUCAAGAUCCUCACACACUUCGUUCAAUCAGGGGCACCCUUCAUGAUGGAAGUGGCCGAGCGGACAGAUGCGGACAAGAAGGGUGGCCAUUUGGCCAAGGACAAAGCUGGAGGUCUCCUCUUGCGAGAAUCGGCCCAGUGCCCGGAGGAGGAUGAGAAGGAGUUCCAAAACGUGGGGAAGUACAAGUUCUUCAACACCAACAACCUGUGGGUCGACCUGGCAGCCUUGAAACGAGAGUUCCGGCGAAAUGAUGGUGCCCUGCCUUUGCCCGUGAUGAAGAAUGGCAAGACGGUGGAUCCCCGGGACAAGGCCUCCACCAAAGUCUUGCAGUUGGAGACCGCCAUGGGCGCAGCGAUCCAGUGCUUUGAAGGCGCCAGCGCUUUGGUGAUCCCACGCUCGCGCUUCGCGCCGGUGAAGACCACCAACGACCUGCUUGCCCUUCGCUCUGAUGCCUACAAGCUUACAGAGGACUUUACCAUCGUUUUGGCGCCUGAGCGUGAUGGUGUGCCUCCUGAAGUGAAGUUGGACGGCAUGUACAAGUUCACCGAUGCCAUGGAGAAGCUGAUUCCCAACGGCCCACCAUCCUUGCUUCAUUGCAAGAAGUUGGUCGUGGAAGGACCCAAGCUUUGUAUGUAG